CUGCUGGGGCUGGGUGGUUCCCGUUUUGUGGCCUUAGGGGAGUCUAUCGGGUUUGAUGCAGGCAUAGUGAACCCUUCAACGUCACCCAAUCAACAGUAAGAGAGACGAUGAAGAACAGUGCUGUCCUACAGAAGACAACAGUGAUGCCAGACAAAAAGGAAGGAUCUUGGAUCUCUACAUGUAACCCCCUCCGGCACUGCCAUAUUGAAGAAAUGUCAGGAGAGAGCGUGGUGAGCUCUGUGGUGCCUGCAGCUACAACCCGGACCACCUCUUUUAAGUGUGCCAGCACCAGUUCCAAAUAUGUGAAGCUUAAUGUAGGGGGUGCCCUGUAUUACACCACCAUGCAAACCCUCACCAAGCAGGACACCAUGCUGAAAGCGAUGUUCAGUGGGAGAAUGGAAGUGCUGACAGAUAGUGAGGGUUGGAUUCUAAUAGACCGAUGCGGGAAGCACUUUGGGACCAUAUUAAAUUACCUGAGAGAUGGAGCUGUCCCACUUCCAGAAACACGAAGGGAAAUUGAAGAACUGUUGGCAGAAGCAAAGUAUUACCUGGUGCAAGGGCUGGCAGAUGAAUGUCAAGCAUCUCUUCAGAACAAAGAUGUAUAUGAACCUUUCUGCAAAGUCCCAGUGAUCACGUCGUCCAAAGAGGAGCAGAAGUUAAUAGCUACGUCUAAUAAGCCGGCAGUCAAGUUACUUUACAACAGAAGCAACAACAAGUAUUCUUAUACCAGUAACUCCGAUGACAACAUGCUGAAGAAUAUUGAGCUGUUUGACAAGUUGUCAUUGAGGUUUAAUGGAAGGGUCUUGUUCAUCAAAGACGUGAUUGGGGAUGAAAUCUGCUGCUGGUCAUUCUAUGGUCAGGGCCGAAAAAUUGCAGAGGUGUGUUGUACAUCCAUUGUGUAUGCCACAGAGAAGAAGCAAACUAAGGUUGAGUUUCCAGAGGCAAGAAUCUAUGAAGAGACUCUUAACAUUUUACUGUACGAGGCCCAGGAUGGACGAGGACCAGACAAUGCUCUCCUGGAGGCCACGGGAGGGGCAGCCGGGCGCUCUCAUCACCUUGAUGGGGAUGAUGAGCCGGAUCGCAUCGAAAGAGUAAGACGGAUUCACAUCAAACGGCCGGAUGACAGAGCUCAUCUUCACCAGUAGGACUUGUCCACCUUGCCUAUGAUUUCUCCGUCCACAAAACAGUCCUGUCUCCUGUGGUUUAUCCCAUUCCACAUGGGAAAAGGAUGGUUUUUAACGGUUCAGCUGGUUGUAAGUGACACAUUUCUGUGAGUUUGGGUCCAGCCUCUUGUGUUACACUUUCUGAUACUUAUUUAUAUCACUUUGAAGGGACAGGGACCUAAACUUGAGUGAAUUUCUUUUUUUAUUGUGUGUAUGGAUUUCCCUAGCCCCAAAGCAGCUGCUGGUUGUACAAAUGUAAACUUGCCAGCGGAGUGCCGUCAUAGGAUGUAACAGAUGUGGGAAGUGAAGGUGAAUUUGUGUCCAAACGGACAAAAUAUAUUGCCUUAAUGCUUUGCUUGAUAUUGUGUGGGACACAUUGACUGUAUACUGUAUGUAGACCAAGAGAAACAGUCUGAACUUCCACUCAGUGUACUUGGUUCCAUUGGAAAUGUUGGAGGUAACUUGUAUUCAUUGGUUUGCAUUCAGCUACUAUUGCUGCAUAACUGUCUGUAGGACAUUUUAACUUUAUUUCCUUUAUAAACCUUUACCGCUGUACAGGAUCCAGAUGGAGAAUUAUUCUUACCACCCAGACAAGCAUUGCACCUUCAAGUAUUUUUUAUGUCCGGAUUAAUAUUCUAUAUAUUUUUCUUUGUUUUACAUAGAAUUAGUCUCUUAUAUGUAUAAAAUAAUUUAUAUUGUCCCUGAUCCCCAAUAAACACAAAUAUGGACGCUUUUGAA